AGCCUAGCCCUUGAGCUACCAUACCAACAUCAAUUUCUGAAUCAUCUGUUCCUGUUCUUCUCUCCUUCUUAUGGCUUCGGCUGAUCCUGUUUUGAACUUGCCAUCAGCAACAUCAAAUAUCAGGGCCACCGAUAUAUGUAGCAUCAAGGUUCUUGCUGAAUCAGCUAAGCUCUCAGCCAUCCCUUCCACCUACAACUCCCUCACAGACCCUUGUGAGAGACAAGUCGCAGAUGAACUCACUCCCCAAAUCCCUGUCAUUGACUUGUCUCUCCUCCUCUCAGACGACCCUCAACUUCAUGCCGAAGCUGUCCAACACCUUGCGAGAGCCUGUGAGGAAUGGGGCUUCUUCAUGGUGAUCAAUCAUGGCAUACCAGAGGGUCUAAUAGGUGAUGUGAUAAGUUUGUCACAGAAAUUUCACAAUUUGUCUGACGGGGAGAAGGCUGAGUUUGGUGACAAGGGUGUGUCAAGUCCCAUCAGGUGCGGAACAAGCUUCAACCCCAAGUCUGAGGAUGUUCACUAUUGGCGAGACUAUCUCAAGGUCAUCACACACCCAGACUGGGCUUUCCCCCACAAGCCUCAAGGCUUCGAUGAUGUGGCGAAGGAGUACUGCAGAGAGACCAGGAAGGUGGCAAGGAAGCUGCUAGAAGGGAUAUCAGAGAGCUUGGAUUUGGAGCCGGAUGCCAUAGCCAAGGCCACUGCUUUGGACACCGGUCUUCAAGUGUUCAUUGCAAACCUAUACCCACCUUGCCCUCAACCUGAACUAGCGCUGGGCAUGCCCCCUCACUCAGAUCAUGGCUUCUUGGCCCUUCUCAUUCAGAAUGGAGUUGGUGGCCUUCAGAUCAGUCACAAGGGCAAGUGGGUCAAUGUGAAGCCCCUUCCCAACUCAAUUCUUGUCAACACUGCAGAUCAACUUGAGGUGGCAAGUAACGGGAGGUACAGGAGUGUCUUACACAGAGCUGUCGUGAACGACAAGGAGACAAGGAUAUCUGUGGUGACUGUGAAUGGACCAGAUUUGGAGAAGGUGGUGAGGCCAAUGCCAGAGUUGAUGGAGAGAGAAGAAGCAGCUUUCAGAGGGAUGAAGUUCAAGGAGUACUAUGAGCUUCAGCAGAAGAACAGGCUUGAUGGGAAAACUUGCAUGGAUCACAUUCGCAUCAAGCCAGGAGAAGAGAGUGAGUGACGGUGGGGUGAUUCCAGAAGGGGAUCAAUUCAGGGUGCUUCUUACCAGUAUUGUAAUGGAAUCAUAUUCAUAUGUCAUUAUAUGCCACUUUGCCGUGUAUCCUCCUAGUCCAGUGUUUUGCUGUACUUCAUGUAACUUGCAGCAAUGUAAUCAAUUUUAAUGUAUUGAUUGUGAGAUCACAACAGUACCACACAAUGCACAAAUUAUGAAUAAUGCAAAGACUCACUUCCAGUUCUUAUUAAUUUCAAA